AUGUAUUCCUUCCUUCUGUCCCCUUCCAUUCCAUGUACUAUUAUGUACAGGCCGGUCAGACCCUGGGGGUUUCCGACCAGAUGCAUGCCCCGGCCCUAGGGACAACAUCGGCGGUUCAACUACCUAGCAGCGAUCACGGCGAGAACUGCCGACCCAUCCAUUGGACCGUACUGCCGUCGGCAUUGUUCGGUAUCACAUGGUGCGAGAUAAGGGAUAUGUCAGUGUGAUUUCUUUUUUGCUCGGAUGCAUGGAGGCAGACAAUUGGUGUACAGUACGAUGUCAUUAUCGCUCAAUGUUACGACCAGCCUGGUUUUGUGUUUGGCCGGAUUCUGGCCGGAUAUUGCAGCGGCGGAAAAUCCACAAAACAAAAGUGUGUGGGAUCCAGUGGCUUGGUCCCCGGGAUGAUACACAGGUUGCCACCGGAAAGGGUCGCACAUCCGGCACCUCCUUCAAGAUGCUUGUGACACUUAGAAUCGGAGUUUCUGCGAAGAUGGCAUACGUUUGUAUCCUCUUAAUCGUUAGUCAUUGGCGCUAGUAAAAGGAUAUAAUCGGUCCAUGCAAAUAAGCAC